AUGUCCAUAGACGAGAAGGACCCCAAAAUGUUCGAGGAGGUCUCGGCGCCUGCUGACAAGACUGGAGAAAUCGAGGUGGCCUCUCCUACACACUACCAGGCACCCAAGGCGAAGACGGAACAGCUCGAGAACGCUCGUGGCUGGGAGUCUGACAACCUGAUCCAUGACUUGGAGAAGGAGCUUGAGCAGUCUGGCUAUAAGAAGGGCUGGCUUGACCUCGAGUUCAAGAACCCCAAGUACUUCACAUGGCUCCUCGUCGCUUUCGCGUCCAUGGGUGGUCUUCUUUCUGGACUCGAUCAAUCGCUUAUUUCCGGUGCCAACCUGUUCCUGCCCGACGACCUCCAUCUUACCGACCAGCAAAACUCCCUCGUUAAUUCUGGCAUGCCGCUAGGUGCUGUUGCUGGUGCUUUUCUUAUCUCGCCUUGCAAUGAGUACUUCGGCCGCCGCUGGGCUAUCCUCAUUUCUUGUAUUCUCUACACUAUUGGUGGUGCGCUUGAGGCCGGUGCUAUAAACUAUGGCAUGAUUGUCUCCGCUCGCGUCAUCCUUGGUGCCGGUGUCGGUCUUGAGGGAGGAACAGUACCCGUCUAUGUCGCUGAGACCGUCGAAAGCCGUCUUCGUGGCAACUUGGUGUCGCUGUACCAGUUCAACAUAGCUCUCGGUGAGGUGCUCGGAUACGCCGUCGCUGCUAUGUUUGUCAGCGUUCCUGGCAACUGGCGCUAUAUUCUUGGCUCUUCGCUUGUCUUCUCCACCAUCAUGGGUGUUGGAAUUCUCUUUAUGCCCGAGUCACCCCGCUACCUCAUGCACAAGGGCAAGACACUUGAAGCGUUCAAGGUGUGGAAGCGCAUCCGUGGCACCGAAACUCUUGAAGCUCGCCAGGAGUUCUUCGUUAUGAAGGUUAGCACAGAAGAAGAGGAGGCUGAGGUCGCUGCUGGUCGUACCAACCGCUACCCAUGGAUGGACUUCUUCACCAAGCCUCGCGCCCGCCGUGCGAUCGUCUACGCCAACAUCAUGAUCUUCCUUGGCCAGUUCACGGGUAUUAACGCAAUCAUGUACUACAUGUCAGUCCUUAUGUCUCAGCUCAACUUCGACAAGUAUGAAGCCACGUACAUGUCCCUCGUCGGUGGAGGCUCUCUUCUGAUCGGUACCAUCCCUGCUAUCUUCCUCAUGGAGCGAUGCGGUCGCCGUUUCUGGGCUAUUGCCAUGUUGCCCGGUUUCUUUGUCGGUCUCGUCCUUGUCGGUGCUUCCGACCACCUUGGCGAGAGCAACACCCAGGGCAGACUCGCCAUGUACCUCACCGGCCUUAUCCUCUACGAACUCUUCUUCGGUUCCUACGCCGCUCUCACCUGGGUCAUUCCGUCCGAGGUCUACCCGACAUACCUCCGCUCCUACGGAAUGACGACCUCUACCGGAUGGCUCUUCCUGUCCUCAUUCAUCGUCACAUACAACUUCACCGGCAUGCAGAAGGCGUUCACUCCUACUGGCUUGACGCUCGGCUUCUACGGUGGUAUCGCGGUGCUUGGCUGGUUCUACCAGAUCUUCUUCAUGUAUGAAACCAAGAACAAGACACUCGAGGAGAUCGAUCAGUUGUUUAUGAAGCCCACCCGCCAGUUGGUCAAGGAGAACACCAAGAGUGCUGCUAAGGUCGCUAACGAUCUGCUGCACUUCCGUUUCAAGAAGGUCUUUAUUGACAAGAACCGUACAGAGUCGGACUAUUAG